ACAAACUAACGAAUCAACAAAAGGCAUAAAUGUGUUUUUUUUGUGUGUGUGUUUUUGUCGGCGCACCUUGAUCCGGUGAAACUUAAUUGGUCUCCGAUUUUCACUUAAAUCCAGUUUAUAUUUUAUUAAUUGUUUACUUAAUAUUCAUAUUCUUUCCUGAUAUCUGAGAGAUGUGGACUUUUUUGGGACUCGCAAGCUUCACGUAUUUGUACAAAAAGUCCGGAGCUGUUUGGACAUUGGCUCAGAAAGAGCUUGUGACCGCUGUCGUCUUGUUUCUGUUAGUUGGACUGUUGCUGUCUUAUUGUCGAUAUUUUCAUGGCCACAAACUUAGCAGAGUCUCUCAGCUGUUGAGCACACCUCUGAGCCUCUUGGCCCUCUUGCCUGUCAUCAACCAUCUCAUCCCUCAAAGUUCACCACGGAGGAGUCAAGAUGCUGACAACACGUGUCAAAAGAGCCCAAGAAGAAGGAAACAAGUGGCUCAUGGGUCUUCCACACACACCUCACAAGUGGGCUCAACUGGGCUCGGGACAGACGUCGAGCCAGAUGUAGUGAUCGUGGGAGCCGGGGUCCUUGGCUCGGCGAUGGCGGCCGUGCUGGCGCGAGACGGGCGGAGGGUAACGGUGGUGGAGAGAGACCUGAAGGAACCCGACAGGAUAGUGGGGGAGCUUCUACAACCCGGAGGCUAUCGAGCGCUCAAAGAGCUGGGCCUGGAAGGCUCAGUGGAGGGUCUGGAUGCUCAUCUAGUGAACGGUUACGUGAUCCAUGACAUGGAGAGCAGCACGGAGGUGGAGAUUCCGUACCCUCAGGCUCAGGAGAGCAUCCAGUGCGGACGCGCUUUCCAUCAUGGCCGUUUCAUCAUGGGCCUGCGCAGGGCUGCCCAGGCUGAGCCCAAUGUCACAUUCAUAGAAGGCACUGUGACCAGUCUGGAGGAGGAGGAUGGCUGUGUGACGGGGAUUAAGUACAAGGACAAAAACAGUGGAGAUGUGAAGGAGGUGCAUGCAGCCCUGACAGUGGUGGCUGACGGAUGUUUCUCCAAAUUUAGGAAGAAUCUGGUCUCGGGAAAAACUCACAUUUCUUCUCACUUUGUUGGAUGCCUAAUGAAGGACUGCCCCCAGUUUAAAGCCAACCACGCUGAAUUAGUGCUGGCCGACCCCAGUCCUGUGCUCGUCUAUCAGAUCUCCUCCAGUCACACUAGAGUGCUUGUGGACAUAAGAGGGGAGAUGCCAAGAAACCUUCCUCAACACUUGGCCGAGAAAGUAUACCCUCAGCUGCCAGAGCAUUUAAAAGACGCUUUCAUGGAGGCUCUACAGAACGACCGCGUCAGGUCCAUGCCAGCCAGCUACCUCCCUCCUUCCCCUGUCAACAAGUCAGGCGUAUUGCUCCUUGGUGACGCUUACAACAUGAGACACCCUCUCACUGGAGGAGGGAUGAGCGUCGCUCUCAAUGACGUCCGCAUCUGGAGGAGCCUGCUUUGGAACAUUCCAGACUUGAGCGAUGACAAAGCCCUGCGGCAGGCACAGAAGAAAUUCCACUGGGAGCGCAAGUCAUCACAUUCUUUCGUGGUGAAUGUGUUGGCCCAGGCUCUAUACGAGCUAUUUGCAGCCACAGACGAGUCACUACAUGAGCUAAGAAAAGCCUGCUUUCAGUACUUCAAACUUGGAGGAGAGUGCAUUGCUGGACCAAUUGGACUCCUCUCAGUUUUGUCACCCAGACCAAUGAUCCUCAUCGGACACUUCUUUGCUGUGGCCUUGUACGCUGUGUAUUUCAACUUCAAGUCAGAAUCCUGGAGCACCAAACACAGAGCUUUAUUUAAAAGUGUCACAAUCCUUUUCCGAGCCUGCACCGUCAUGUUCCCCCUCAUCUACUCUGAGCUCAAGUACCUGGUGUACUGAAGGGCUCCACCAUAGGGUGCACAAGGACAAGACCCUGUCUUAAUAUUGUGUCAACCUUUGCAAAACUAGUAUUUUUUGAUGUCUUCACUUGGGAGUGCUUUCACCAACAGCAAAACUCGAGUGAAUUUUACAAAUGACUUUGCCUACAGUACUUGUUCAUGUGGAGAAACAUCUUUUUUUUGUACAUCCCCAAUGAUUUGCCGAAGUGGUGCCAAUGGACAAAUGAGGAAGGUUAUUUUCCCUGAUAAUAAACACUUCUGCCUAUUAUGGUGAACUUGUUGGUUUAGAGGUUGCCGAUUUGGGAUUUUCAAAAGCCGAUGCCAAUACAGGUA